CUUGGUGGUUACUGUCUCUCCACACAAGUGCAGCGUGAACAGCAGACCAUCCCCUCCAGAAGCACUUGAUUUUGAUACCUUGCAAAACUACCUGCAGCAUUUUCCCAUCAAAGGUCACGGCUCAUCGAGAUGGUCGAAUUAAGGAAGCGGAAAGCACAACCUCUCGACACCGGACGGGAAAGCAAGCGCGUUCAGACACCCAUCCCGACUUUAAAAAGAGCGCCUGAAAACAUCAAGGCUAGUGCCUCUUCAUCUCACAAUGCUCGCCAUCAAAUCCCGAAAGCCGGAGAGACGCUGGACCUGAGUCAUUUUGGUGGUGAAUUUGAGAGCCAUGAUGGGAAGAAGCUUACAUUGAAAGAUCUUGUCGACUGUAGCAAGUCUGGAGUCGUGCUAUUUACGUAUCCCAGAGCCUCAACCCCUGGAUGUACAAAGCAAGCCUGUUUAUUUCGCGACAACCAUGAUUCUCUAACUGCAAGUGGUUUGUCGGUUUACGGUCUUUCGGCGGAUUCUCCCAAGGCAAACACCACUUUCAAGACAAAACAGAACCUGCCAUACACUCUUCUGUGCAAUCCCUGCUAUUCUUUGAUAGCUGCUCUAGGGCUUAAGAAAAUGCCCAGGGGAACACUACGCGGGGUUUUCGCUAUAAACAAGCAGGGUGAAGUACUCCUACAUAAAGUGGGUGGCCCGGAUGCAACAUUCGACGCUGCGCGACGACUUGCCGAUGCUUGGUGAAAGAGUGGGAAAUUUCCAGGGCUGCACCUACGCAAAGACCAAUCUGCCACGAGUAUUCUAUGAUGUUCCUCGGUAAAUGUGAAUGUGCCACUUCCAAAUGGAUAGCGCGGCAAUUUU